AGUCGCACAACCAGAACAGUUGAUAAAAUCUAUAGCCAUCGCCAUCCUUCGCUGUCUUUGGUCCUGGAUUCUAUUUGCAGACGUGUGGGUGUACGUGUUACACAGUUUUGAGUGUAUAACUAACGUGGGCUUAACAGACACACCAUGAAAAAUAAUUAUAACGCGCUUUUGCUGGCAACACUUGCAACAUGGUCAGCAGUAUUCUGUAGCACAGUUUUGGGAACAACAGAGGGACAGGAAACGCCAUUGGCUCUUCCUGUAGCUGAGCAUACAACUUCUCCUUCCAUACAAGGAGAAGUCUGGGAGGAAGACGACCACGAAGUGUUAAUAAGGAACGAACGUGGUACAAAAAGUGAUGGACUUUCAUGUCGAUAUGGCAAGAAUCCGUGGACUGAAUGUGAUACAAAAACCAAUACGCGCUCCAGAACAUUGACAUUGAAAAAGGGAGAUCCGGCAUGCGAUCAAACUCGCACUAUUCAGAAAAAGUGUAAAAAAGCAUGCCGCUACGAAAAAGGAUCUUGGUCUGAGUGCGCCACCGGACAAAUGACCCGAGCCGAUAAACUAAAAGCGAGCAGUGAUCCAUCUUGCGAAGCAACGCGUGUUAUCAAGAAGAACUGCAAGCCCGGAAAGUCCAAGGAUAAGAGUGCCAAGGAACAGCGUAAAAACAAGGACAAAGGCGCUCGCAAAGGACGCGUUUAAGUGAUUUCAUACAUGAUCACUUGAAAACCCAAAACUUAUUUAUGCAACGCAGAAUAUUAAAUUCAAUAACAUACAUACAUACCCACUUAUUUAGUUUAUUCAAAAAAUGAAAUACAUACUACAUACAUACAUACAAUUUUCUAAAAUUAUUUAAAACUGAUGGGGCAAUUACCAGAUCCGGUGGAAGAAUACAAAGAAAAUAGAUAAACGCCCCUUAAAUUGUCAAACAGUUUAAAUCGGACACAUUUUAAAAAAAUUACCAGAGUUGUUCUUCGAUUGAAUUUUACAUAAUACUACCCGUAAAUAUAAAAA